AUGAAUGCGAUCGAGCAGUCUCCCAAGCAGCCUCCCGCGCCGAAUGCGCUGGCGCAUUUGACUAGAGUUCCGAUAGCUCAGCUUUCUCCCGACAUUGAGAAAUUGGCCGAAAGGUCUUUUCUUGCAGCUGUGGCACUCGUAUGGCCAUACUCCUCUUCAACCAAGUCUGUCAGCCUUCUGUUAGCGGAGCCGGAUUUCCGCCUGAGGGGUGCCAAAGGACAAAUCAAGGCCACGUUCCAUGGGCGCGUCGCGGAAAAGGUCGCAGAAUCGCAUGUCGGAAUUGGGGAUACUGUUUGUCUGGCCUUGAAAGAUAUCAAGUUUGUCAGCAAUGACGGCGUCCACCAAACUCCGGGAAGGUCAGUCGCGUGGGACGCGCACUGGGAGAAUGGCGUGUUUCUCGAGAUCUACCGAUCUUCCCAACCCCCGUUGGUAAUAUCAGUUGAGCCGCAAGUGACAGCACCACAUGAAACCGAACUCGCACCGCCCACAACUCCUAGUGGGAAAUCAACCGAUCCCGAACUCGACCUACCUUCUAGUGCACGCCUCUGGGGAUCACCGGUAUUCCUUGAGUCUACCCGAACCUCAUUCGGAGGAACAGUCCGUUCGGCUUUCCAUGCUUUUGCGGAGGAAGAUGGAUUUGUUCCCGGGAAAGGAAGAAAAAAGCCGAGGUAUAGCCUGCAGAGGGAAGAUUGGCGUGUUAUCAAUGAACCAGAAAGUCCCCAUGAGCAAGAAGCCCCUGUAAAUUGGGAACAGGCUUUCAUACAAUCUAUCGACCAAGAGCUCGAGGAGGCAGAUUUGGCGAGUGAGCCUUCAGACGAGCCGAUGACGGAUGCUGCCCAAGCUCCAACAUUCGCAGAGGGUGCACCACAAGAUCCAAUUCCGGUGUUCGCGAAACCUUCCCUUGAGUUGACUGGGGGGAUCCUUGGAAGGCAUGCCGGCGAGUCAAAUGUUUUCUCUGAUGAACAAGUUGAUAAAGAUGGAACAGCUUUUCAUCUGCCAACGGAUACACCACAGAUUCGGCCUAUCCCUUCUCCAGGGCUCCCGAUCCCUUCGCCCCUUGUAUCUAAUUAUGCUGGCUCGCCUGGCUAUUUCCUGCCAUGGACUGCGCCCACGCAGUCCUAUGAGAGUCGACCUGUUCCUGUGGAAAUGGGCACCAUAGCAACGCCCGAAGCAUCAUCCAUCGACAUCCAUCACACCGACGCAAUCGAUCCCAGUCAUACGAGGACAGUGGAACCAGUUGAUCCGGAUGUUGAGCCCAUCCAGCAAGAACAUGUCUUGGAUGCCGGUUUUGGCUUCCGCGAUGAUUCGGCAUCAUAUCCAGACCCAGAAGGUGUAUCAGAAAAACAAGAAGUUGAGAUAAUCGACGCCGAGGUUAUUGAGGAAUCAGAUAUCAUUGAAGCUAAUGUGAUCAUCAACACUACCGGCGACGAAGCUCAAACGUCAAAUGAAGCAGAGCAGAAGCAUACCGUCAAUGUUCUUAACCGCGACCAUCAAGCACCAUUUUCGGGCUCGGCAGGUGAAUCAGAUGACUCCCCUGGUGUCAGCGAUAAAUCUGCUGCCGCUCAACCUGAUACGGGUACCGAAAAUGCCGCCGACGAAGCUCAAGCAUCAGAUGAAGCAGAUGACGAACGUCUCAUUGAUGUCAGUUACCUAUGGCGAGACGAUUCAGCAUCAUCUUCGCGCUCGGAGGAAGGCUUGGAAGAUGAAUCACUUGAAUGCUCACAGAGGAUUGAUGGCUCAGAUAUUGCCGAAGCUGAUCUUGGCAUUGAGACCGUCAGCGAUAAUGUUGGAUCUCACGAGGAACAUUCUGAGCCAGAGCCUCAGUCGGUCAAUUAUCCACAACCACCCACUGGCUUUGAUCAGGAUGCGAUUAAUGCCCUCGAAAGAAUGAUAACCGCUCGAGAUGAGGAAGUCGAAAGGAAGAGAGACAUGGAAGAGGAAAAAGAUAUGGAAGACAGCAUCGAUCAUUCAUCCAGUCAAUACAGUGAAGAACAGCAUGAAAUGACCAAGGAUGGUGAAGUGUACUAUGCGGAGUCAGUGGAAAAUUACGAUUCACAAGAUGAAUAUGAAGAAGACGAGGAUUUCCCUUGUGAUCCUCGCUUGGAAUCACAAUUGGACCAAGAUGAGUACAGUGGUGAAAAGUCUGAGCAGGAACAGAGCCUGCCUUCGCAGACGGGAACCCAAGAAGUAAUCGUGCUCGACAGUGACAGUGAUGAUGAACCUGCCUCCAAUUAUCCGGUAGCCUCAGCUUCGCAGUCAGCAGAACGAGAGGAUCACUCACACCACUCUGAAGCUGAAUAUGCAGACGUCCCUCCAGCGACAGCUGAGUUUGCAACGGGUGUACAGGAAUAUCCAGAGCCGUGGUAUGUCGGUGGAGAGGAUGGCUAUCAAAGAGCCGAGGAAGAAGAUUCAGACAUCAAUGAGCGCCAAGAGAGCGAGGAAGGUGACGAGAGCGAAGACGGCGAAGAGCCUGGAUACAACCAAAAGGAUGAUCGAGUUCACGAGAGUGACAUGGAGGAUGAUGAGCCGACCUCAGACCAUUAUGAAACGGCCCAUCCAUCUGAAGUGGCAUCACCCAACCCUGAACAGGAUGAAGACAAAGAAAUGGACGACGCGGACCUCAUCGAAGAAGCCGACCACGACGAAUCUUACAUUGCGGCUAACCUUGAUGCAGAGCAACGUGAAGAGCGCGAAUACGAUGAACAAGAUGACCGAGUUCACAAGAGCGACAUGGACGACGACGAGUCGACCCGAGACCACUAUGAAACAGACCAUCCACCUGAAGUUGUAUCCCCCAACCCUCAGCGAAACGAAGAUGAAGAAAUGGAAGAUGCGGAGCUCAUCGAAGAAGCCGACGACGAGGAAUAUCAUGAUGCGGCGACACUUGGCGUAGAGAUAGAAGUGCCAGUUGGUCGGGACUUCGACGAGGGGCAAUCAGGCAAUAUUGAUCCAGAUUUGCUUGAUAUGCCUGAAUCUCAUCAUCAAGGCCCAUCCUCGGAAGUCGAAAGUCAUGCUGGGCAGUAUCUCACUGUGGACGGACAAUCUGAUUUGCAUAUCCCUUCAUCUGCUGGAAAUGCCAUGGCCGAUCUUUUGUUGAAACAUGAACAUGAACCGACUGUCGAAGGACCCGAAGGACCUGAGGCCCUUGGCGGUCGAGUCUCGCCAUCCAUUGAGCCUUCAUUUGAGCGACAACCCUUGACCCCAGACCCCACCCAGGAAAACGCAUCCACACGUGAGCUGGUUCAUGAUAUUAAACUUGAAACUUCAUUCACGGUCGAAGAAAAUGACGCCCCUACUGGUCUGGAUAGAAUGUCGCAGCCUGCUAGCUCCCCGGAGUCCGACCAAGAUGAUGGUCUCGAAGCGGAACCUAUAAAGGAUAUCCAACAAGAGAUGCACGUUGAUGGAAAUGAUGAUGCCAUGCCUCCUUCGAAACCCGCUGAAGCUGCGGAACCCCCAGCAACGCCCGAACCUAGCCGCUCUCUGGAGGUUGUGAUCAGCACCGAAUCCCCAAAAACACCGGCAGUUCCCGCUGCACAGCCCCCAGCACCUGAUCGUAAUGCCUCUGGACUGCGUAGCAAGCUUUCUUACUUCGCCCCGCUUGCUACACUCAUUGAUCACUACAAUGCAUUGGUCGAUACCAUCUCAAUCGUCCACGAGGCUUCACCGAUAAGCCGAGCCAAAUCCGGAUCGAAAGACUGGUUCGUGACUAUUCAACUUACCGACCCCUCCAUGGCUGGCACGACUCUUCGUGCUCAGAUUUUCCGGCGCCACAAGGCCUCAAUGCCGUCAUUGACAGAAGGCAACGCCAUACUCUUACGCGACUUCAAGGUCCGGAGCCUCGAUCACGCCGUGAUGCUUGUCAGCGUCGAUUCCAGCGCAUGGGCAGUAUUCGACGGUUCAGGUCCCGAUGCCGAGACGAACGGACCCCCCGUCGAAUACGACACACAGGAACGUGCCUACGCCUCUGGCUUGCGUCGAUGGUACUAUGAAGUUGGCUCAGAUAGGGUCGCAGACCAUAAGCUCCAGGCAGCUAUUGAAAGAGACAGCCAGGAGCGCGAUAUGACACCAAGCAGUCAAGUGCCAAGUGAGUCAGGGAGUCCGGAUUCCAGGCGUGGUUCUCAGCGCAAGCGCAAAAGCAACCGAAGAGUCACUAUUCAUGAACUGCGGGAUGGCACUCGUUACACCGAGGUCGGGUCUCCAAACAGUGGAAACAGCAGUGUUCACGAGUUACGAGACGGCACAUUGUAUGCCAAUAUUUGA